AUGGCCGCAUUGUUGAUUGUCUUUCUCGUGCUUGUCGCACUGGCGUGGGCCUACAAGAACGAGAUACUUCAGCCAUCUUUCCAGAAACUCUACGACGUGCACGCUGAAAUGGAAUCAAAGACGUGCGUUCCCGUGUCUCCAAUCGUUCAUCAACAACAUCCGCCAUCAUCGACCGCAUCAAUUCCAUCACCAAUUUCCAUUGUGCUGAUCAACAACGAUCCAAACGGUGACAAAAAGCAAAAA